AUGUGGACCAUGGACCCUGGACAUUUUCUCUGUGCCCUGCUAUUUAUACAUCCACUGUGGCCUCAACUGACUGAUGGGGCUACUCGAGUCUACUAUCUUGGCAUCCAGGAUGUUCAAUGGAACUAUGCUCCGAAAGGAAGAAAUAUAAUCAAGAACCAGCCUCUAGACAAUGACACAAUUGCUUCAAGCUUCCUAAAGUCGGACAAGAACCGAAUAGGGAGUAUUUACCAGAAGACUAUCUACAAGGAAUACAGGGACAGCUCAUACAUGGAUGAAGUGACUCAACCAGCAUGGUUGGGCUUUCUGGGGCCAGUGCUGCAGGCUGAGGUGGGGGAUGUCAUGCUUGUCCACCUAAAGAAUUUUGCCACUCGUCCUUAUACCAUCCACCCCCAUGGUGUUUUCUAUGAGAAGGACUCAGAAGGUUCCCUAUACCCAGAUGGAUCCUCUGGGAAGCUGAAAGCUGAUGACUGUGUUCCCCCUGGGGGUAGCCACGUCUACAACUGGACCAUUCCAGAAAGCCAUGCACCCACAGAUGCUGACCCUGCAUGCCUCACCUGGAUCUACCAUUCUCAUGUAGAUGCUCCAAGAGACAUUGCAACUGGCCUAAUUGGACCUCUCCUCACUUGUAAAAGAGGAGCCCUGGACAAGAACAUAUCUCCUAGGCGGCUAGAUGUGGACCAUGAUUUCUUCCUUCUGUUCAGUGUUGUAGAUGAGAAUCUUAGCUGGCACCUCAAUGAUAAUAUCGCGAAUUACUGCUCAGAACCUGCCUCAGUGGACAAAGAAGAUAAAGCCUUUCAGGAGAGUAACAGGAUGUAUGCAAUAAAUGGCUUUGUCUUUGGGAACUUACCAGAGCUGAUCAUGUGUGCACAAAAGCGUGUGGCCUGGCACCUGUUUGGCAUGGGCAAUGAAGUGGAUGUCCACACAGCUUUCUUCCAUGGACAGAUGCUAACCAUCCGGGGCCACCGCACUGAUGUGGCUCAUGUCUUUCCAGCCACCUUUGUUACUGCUGAGAUGGUGCCCCAAGAGUCUGGCAUCUGGUUAAUUAGCUGUCAAGUAAAUAGUCACUUGCAAAAUGGCAUGCAGGCACUCUACAAAGUCAAGUCUUGCUCUGAGGCCCCUCCCGUGUACCAGCUCACAGGAAAAGUCCGACAGUACUUCAUUGAGGCCCAUGAAAUCCAAUGGGACUAUGGCCCAAUGGGGUAUGAUGGGAGUACUGGAAAGAGUUUAAGGGAGCCAGGCAGUGAGUCAGCUAAGUUCUUCCAGAAGAGUUCCAGUCGAAUUGGGGGUACUUAUUGGAAAGUCCGUUAUGAAGCCUUCCAAGAUGAGACAUUCCAGGAGAAGGUGAAGCUGGAGGAAGAAAAGCACCUGGGAAUCUUGGGGCCGGUCAUCCGGGCUGAGGUGGGUGACAACAUCGAGGUAGUCUUCUACAAUCGUGCCUCUCAGCCAUUCAGCAUUCAACCCCAUGGGGUCUUUUAUGAGAAAGACUACGAGGGCACUGUGUAUAAUGAUGGUUCAUUUCACCAUGGUUUGGUGGCUAAGCCCUUUGAAAAAGUAACAUACCACUGGACAGUACCACCCCAUGCUGGCCCCAGUGCUCAGGAUGCUGCUUGUCUGUCUUGGAUGUACUUCUCUGCUGCAGAUCCCAUAAGAGACACACAUUCUGGCCUUGUGGGUCCCCUGCUGGUGUGCAAGCCUGGUGCAUUGACUGCAGAUGGCAAACAGAAAGGGGUGGAUAAGGAAUUCUUUCUACUCUUCACUGUGUUGGAUGAGAACAAGAGCUGGUACAACAAUACCAAUCAAGCAGCCGCUAUGUUGGAUUCCCGACUGCUUUCAGAGGAUGUCAAGGGAUUCCAAGACUCCAAUCGGAUGCAUGCUAUUAAUGGGUUUCUAUUCUCUAACCUGCCCAGACUGGACAUGUGCAAGGGUGACAUGGUGAACUGGCACCUGCUUGGACUGGGUACAGAGACUGACAUGCAUGGGGUCAUGUUCCAGGGCAACACUGUACAGCUUCAGGGAAUGAGGAAGGGUGCUGCCAUGCUCUUUCCUCAUACCUUUCUCAUGGCCAUCAUGCAACCUGACAAUACUGGAAUAUUUGAGAUUUAUUGCCAAGAAGGUAAUCAUCGCGAAGCAGGGAUGAUUGCAAUUUACAAUGUCUCUCUAUGUCCUGGCCGCCAUGCUACCCCUCACCAGCGUUACCAGGCUGCAAGAAUCUACUUCAUCAUGGCAGAAGAAGUAGAGUGGGACUAUUGCCCUGACAGAAGCUGGGAAAUGGAAUGGCACAACCAGUCUGAAAAGGAGAGUUAUAGUCACAUCUUCCUGAGCAAUAAGAAUGGACUCCUUGGUUCAAAAUACAAAAAAGCUAUAUUCAGAGAAUACACUGAUGGUACAUUCAAGAUUCCUCGGCCAAGAACUGAACCAGAAAAACACUUAGGAAUUUUGGGUCCACUGCUUAGAGGAGAAGUUGGUGAUAUCCUUACUGUGGUGUUCAAGAAUAAUGCCAGCCGCCCCUACUCUAUGCAUGCCCAUGGAGUGCUAGAAUCUAGCAAUAGUCAGCAAAUGGCAGCUGAACCUGGUGAGGUGAUCACUUACCAGUGGAACAUACCAGAGAGAUCUGGCCCUGGACCCAAUGACUCUGCAUGUGUCUCCUGGAUUUAUUAUUCUGCAGUAAAUCCCAUAAAGGACAUGUAUAGUGGUCUGAUAGGACCCUUGGUCAUCUGUCGAAAGGGCAUCUUGGGGCCCCAUGGAAGACGAAGUGACAUGGAUCGAGAGUUUGCCUUGUUGUUCCUGAUCUUUGAUGAGAACCAGUCAUGGUAUCUGGAAGAGAAUGUAGCAACUCAUGGGCCCAGGAAUUCAGACCAAGUCAACCUACAAGAUGAGGCUUUCUUGGAGAGCAACAAAAUGCAUGCUAUCAAUGGAAAGCUCUAUGCCAACCUCAGAGGUCUUACCAUGUACCAAGGAGAACAUGUGGCCUGGUAUAUGUUGGCCAUAGGCCAAGAUAUUGACCUACACACUGUACACUUCCAUGCAGAGAGCUUCCUGUAUAGGAAUGGAGAAACCUACCGGGCAGAUGUGGUGGAUCUCUUCCCAGGGACCUUUGAGGUUAUAGAGAUGGUAGCCAGCAACCCUGGGACAUGGCUGAUGCACUGUCAUGUGACUGACCAUGUUCAUGCUGGUAUGGAGACCCUCUUCACUGUUUUUUCUUUUUCAGAAUCCUUAAACACUAUAUCCACUAUCAGCAAAGAGAUUGGAGAAGCAACAAUUUCUAGAGACAUUGCAGAAGAUAAUGUGAGAAUGCUAGGCAUGCAGAUCCCCAUAAAGGAUAUCGAGAUGGUGGCCUCUGCCUUGAUUGCUACAGGUAUCAUCCUUCUACUUAUUGCUAUUAGUCUUGGUGGAGUGGUCUGCUACCAGCGUAAGCAAAGAAAACUCCGGCGUAACAGGAGGUCCAUACUGGAUGACAGCUUCAAGCUUCUGUCCCUCAAGCAGUAA